AUGUUUCCCAGAUUACCACCUGUUGUGCUAGCAGCCAUAGCUGGUGCCGCAGUUUAUGGAUUUAAACAUGUGUUGGAUCGUCUUGAACCAAAAGCAAUUGGACCACCAGGAUCCUUUGAACAAGCAGAAAAAAUAUAUAAAUUCAGACAAAAUGUCAAAAGAGCCAAAGUUGCUACAGCCGUUUCAGGAUUAGUUUAUGCUGCGUACUGGGUAUAUGAUUCUCGACAACAUCGCAGUACACCUGCUGUGCUAACAAAAGACGAUAAAGAUGCAGUUGAGUUUUAUAAGGAUCAAUAUAGUGAAAGAGACAGGCGUUAUAAGAUGGAAAGAGAAAGACUGAGGCAAUCAGAAAGAGAACACGAAUUGAAAUCAAAAAGACAGUUAGAAAAAGAACUUGAAUCUAUGCAGAAAAUUAUUGAUAAUAAAAAGUAA